CCGCCAGUGGCGGGUGGAUGCGAACUCUUGUGAUUGAAAAUUUUACGAUUUUAUUUUUAUUGAAUAUAAAAAAGCUAAUCGUGCGAAUCAAUUUGUAGCAUCAUAUUGUAUUUUCUGUUCAAUUCCUAUUAGUUUCGUAGUAAUAUAAAUUGGAACAGGUGAUGUCUACAAUACGUGCAACCCGAAUGGAUCGAUAUUGGUGGCUUUGAGUUUAUCGUAAAUUUUGUGUGAGGGAAGGGGUGGUUGAAGAUGGAGAAGUCCGCACGGCCGCGAACAGCACUGAACGAAUGCGUCAAGGUGGUGGUGCGAUGUCGGCCGCUGUCGCAAAAAGAAAAAAACGAGGGUUACGAGGAGGUGCAAAAGAAGCAGCCCGAGCGCACGUGGUACGAGCGGCUCUCCACACGCGCCAAAGAAGACAAAAAACUUAUCGAUGCUCCCUUGCAGGUGGUGCGCGUGUGGCCGGAGCGUGGCACCGUGCAGGUCUACAACCCUAAGGGUGAGGACAAGCUGUUCACUUACGACGCCGCCUACGACUGCAACGCGGACACGCAGACCAUCUAUGACGAGAUGGUGCGACCGCUGGUGGCGUCCGUGCUGGACGGGUUCAACGGGUGCGUGUUCGCCUACGGACAGACUGGCACCGGCAAAACGCACACGAUGGAGGGCACGCCGCAAGAGGAGGGCAUCAUCCCGCGCGCCUUCCGCCACCUGUGGGCGCACAUCGAGACCUCCGCCUCGCCCGAUGUCACGCAUCUCGUCUCCUGCUCCUACGUCGAGCUCUAUCUCGAAGAUGUGCGGGAUCUGCUCGCCAAGGACUGUAAGAAGCUCACCAUCCGCGGACAGGAGCUGAAUGGGUUCUACAUCCCGGAGAUGACGUCUGUGGUAUGUCGGUCGGCGGAGGAGAUGGUGCGCGUGAUGCGCGCGGGCAGCCGGCAGCGCGCCGCGGGCCGCACCGACAUGAACGAGCACUCCUCGCGCAGCCACGCCGUCUUCCUCGUCACAGUGGAGACCGCGCACCGCACCACCAAGCGCAUACGGGUGGGCAAAUUGAACCUGGUGGACCUGGCGGGCAGCGAGCGGCAGCGCAAGACGGGCGCGUCCGCUGACCGACUGCGCGAGGCGGCGCGCAUCAACCAGGCACUCUCCUCACUCGGCAACGUCAUCUCCGCGCUCGCAGAGAACAGCCCCCAUGUGCCCUACAGGGACUCCAAGCUGACGCGCAUCCUGCAGGACUCCCUCGGCGGCAACAGCAAGACCAUCAUGAUCGCCAACAUCGGCCCCGCCGCACACCACUACGACGAGACCGUCACCACGCUGCGAUACGCACACCGCGCCAAAGCGAUAAAGAACAAGCCGGUGCGCAACGAGGACCCCAAGGACGCCAAGCUGCGCGAGUACCAGGCGGAGAUCGAGCGGCUGCGGGCGCUCAUCGAGCAGCGCAAGGCCGUCGAGCGCCGCAAGCGACCGCCGCGCGCCCGCCCCGUCACCGCGCUCCACCCCCACGACCCCCAGGAACCCCCCGACAACGCGGAGGAGGACGCGGUGAGCGUCGAGCACGAGCACAUCCUGGCGGAGUCCACCGCGGCCAUCGAGCAGGAGAAGAGCAAGACCUCGGAGCUGGAGCGGCAGAUCCUCGCGCUGGAGGAGCGGCUGGUGCGCGGCGGCGCCGGCAAGGACCUGCUCAACAACCUGACGCGCAGCCAGCUCAUCCUCGACCAGAGGAACCUCGAGAUCGCCGAGCGCAAGAAGCGCGAGGUGGAGAUGCAGCAGAAGAUAGACCUGGAGGAGGAGACCACCGCCAUCGUCACCAACACCUUCGCCACGCUGCAGCAGGAGGUCGACCACAAGACGCAGAGGUUAAAAAAGUGCCUGUCGAAGUACGCGUGUCUGCGCGAGGAGAUGGUGGAGCAGCGCGAGGCGCACGACGCGGAGCGCCGCGAGCAGGAGGCGCUGCAGGCCGCGCUGCUCGCCGCCCUGCGCCGCCGCCUGCUGCUGGCCGACGGCUUCGUGCCGCACGCCGGCCGCGCCCACGUCCUCCGUCUGCAGUACAACGACGACACCGACACCUGGCACCUCCCGCCCCACGCCGGCGCCGAGCCCCUCGCGCUCCGCCCCCUCGCCGCGCCCGCCCGCCGCCCGCUCUGCGCCGCCGCCCGCGCGCCCGCCCCGCCCGCCCGCCGCCGCCCCGACAACCUGCUCGACCUCCGCCCUCUGCCGCUCCCCGCCACCGCGCGCCGCUACGUGCCGCCGCCGCCGCGCGCCCCGCCGCACGCCCCGCCGCACGCCCCCACACACGCCCCGCCCCGCGCACAGAUGCAGGCGCAGGGCGACACGGUGCUGAAGAAGGAGCCGGAGCUGCGCCGCGCCAGCUCGCGCGUGCGCCCCGGCACCGCGCACCACCGCCUGGGCACCGCCGGCGUGCGGUAG